AUGGGAGCACAAGCAGGUGAGCUGCUGGAACCCUAUGUUCGGCUUGAGGAUGGCGAGGUCUCGCCCUUGAAGUCGGCGUCUGCUGAGCGCCAUGACGCAGCCAUGGCGGGGAUUGAGCGGAGGGUGGAGUGGCUGAACAUCCAGUUGAAUGUGCUGGCCAUCACCUUCUUCUUGGUGGGCAGCCUUUUGCUGUGGGCAUGGUACUACGACCGCCUGCCGCCCGAGCAGCAGCACGAGGUCUACCGCACCGCGCUACUGGUGUCCAUUCCUGUGGUGGCACUCUUCUUUACAUGGUUUCACAUAUGGCUCGCCAUCAAAAUGAUGUUUCUGCCGAUCAAGUUCUUCGGAAUCUGGCAGUACGGAGACACCGGCAUUGGCGUGGGCUGGCAGGGAGUGAUUCCAAGGAAGGCAAAGAAGAUGGGCAAGAUCGCGUUCAGCUGUGCAAGGCCAUAUCUUAUGGGACCAACCGACUGGUUUGCGCGCGUGGAUACCAGCUUGCUUUUCGCAAAGAUUCACCCCAUGUUGGAACGGGUCACGCGGGCCUCCAUGGCAAGUGUACUCCGACGCCACUUCCCGUCCAUGCUGGCCAAGGACGGGCGUUUGCCUCCAAGUGUUGAGAACGAGUUGGUGUCGAUCGUCAUGGAGAAAAUCGAGGAAAGCUUCCCGGAGAUGUGGAACAAAGUCACAACGAAGCUAUGCGAUCCCGUGAUAGGUCUUGACAAUGACGGCAUGAUUGUGUCUGUCUUUGCCGAGCACAAGGAGCUGCUCAAUCAUUUUUUCCUGUCCAUGGGUGACAAAGAGUUUCGCUUCAUCGAGCGAUGUGGUGCGGCGUUGGGCUUUGUUUGUGGGCUUAUCCAGCUGGUUGCCUUCAACUACUUGGACGAAACAGGCAGGAUGAUCUUACUUCCAGGAACAGGGUUCUUCCUGGGCAUCCUCACCAACUGGCUAGCGAUCCAGAUGUGCUUCAAGCCGUGCCAUCCGCACCCUGUUCGAGUGUGCGGGUGGUAUCUGGGCAGCAUCCAGGGCCUCUUCCUGAAGAGACAAAGGGAUGUUGCGACUCUCUAUGCCAAGCUUCUGGUGGACCAUUUCUUCGAUUUUCACAAGGUGAUAGCAUACCUGCAAACCAUCCCUGUUUGGACGGAUCUGCAGGACAUCUACAACCAGAACAUUCAAAACAUGAUGAAGCAGACCAUGGGCAAAGCGGUCACGUGGAUUGCGCCUGUUGCAGUUGGCUCGGAGAAGCUCCGAGCCGUGGAGGCUCAUGGGAAGCAACAAUCCACGCGACAAUUUCAACCGCUGCGUGCUGGAACAUUUGUUGUGCGUGGUCGCCCUUUAACCCCAUAA